AUGGUUCGUUCGAGCUACGCUCUGUCCUUCUCAGUCAUCCUCUGUGGUCAGAUCGCCUCGUUCAGCCAGGCAGCCUUCAGCCUGGCUCCGCAGUUUUCGCUGACUGGGUACAUCCUUGGGCCCGCGCUCGGUAUACCGAAACCAUUCUCCUUGUUCCACGAUGGAAUCGGCUCUAGAUCCCGAUUGGAUUUCUAUGGAGGCGACAAGAAGCAUAUCCUGAGGAACAAGUCAUACUACACGUUAUUUUGGUCGACUAGGUCUGCGACACACAUUCCUGUACAGACUUGUCGACAUCUCAGACACGAUGGAGAUCCGAACCCAGUGACCGAUCUCGUUUUGAGAAAUCUGGACCAAGUCGAAUUCGUGCGAGCCGAACCUUGCGAUGCUGAGACCACUACGGUCCAUGCUUCCGUCGCCUUCGGGGGCAUGUCUUGUAAUCGUUACGAGUAUCGCGUCGAACCUUUCGUAUAUGUUCUCUGGGCCGCUAGGGAUCCAGGACACGAGCAAAACAUGAGACCGGUGCGUGUCCUGUCCAUCAACGGUGAGAAGACCGAGACGCUCUUCCUAACUUACACUCUGGGCAUCCAAAACGAUGAUGUGUUCAAUGUUGAGCAGCUAACCGCCGCGAUUCCGUCCUCGACGUUGCAAAGUCCCCGAGCGGGAUUCGCACGAGAAUAUACAGUUACUGGUUAUCUGAUGAUGCCUCGAUCCGGAAUCGAGGAGCCUUUCAGCGCUCAUUGCGACGGAGACCGCGGGAAAUAUCGCGUCGAUUACUAUCAUGGUGCGAUGAAGACAUUACGGAUCAGUUCUGACAUCUACAAAGUUCAUUGGUCGCCCAACGAAGAGACUCACAUUCCCGAGGAAAAUUGUGAAAUUAUGCCCGUGGGAAGGAACGAAUAUCUGGAACCGGGGGGAGUGCUCCCCGAUUUGUCUGACUUCAAGCUCGUUCGUACCGAAUCCUGCGGCACCGGAGUAAUCAGGGCUUCGACAGGGCUAUCCGAGUCCGAGUGUCAUCGUUUCGAGAAAAUCACGCAGGAUCGUGAUCGGGUCUCAAACCAUGUUUUCUGGGCUUCUCGGACAUCGGAUCACGCUCUCAAACCAGUGCGCUACCGUGUACUGAAAUACGACAACCAUCUCCGGUCUCAUUUCGAUGAGUAUGAAAUUAUCUACGAGAAAUACAGAGCAGGCGUUGUGAACCCCGAUCUGUUCGAGGUCGGCAGUGUGACUGAUAAGCAGUGUACCAAACUCCCGACGGCAUCCCAGUCCUCCGCCCGUCAUCUCUUCGAUCCAAUCCGAGAAUUCGUCUCGAACAAUGAUUCUCACGUUGAUGAGCACUUCGCCGAGUUCAAGAACACGCACGGGAAAGCGUACGAAUCAGCAAGCGAAGAUCGGAAGCGCCGCCACAAUUUUCACCACAAGAUGCGCUUCGUCAAUUCGAUGAACAGACGAAAUCUCUCCUAUGCUUUGGCGUUGAAUGAACGGUCAGACCAAUCCCGCGAUGAAGUCUCUUCCCAAGGAGGCUGCUUGCGAAUUCCUAAAGUACCGAAUGCCCCAUCGGAUUUGCAGACGUUCUCAGCCGAAACGUGUGACACCGCCGGAAUCCCUGAUACGGUGGAUUGGCGUCUUGAAGGCGUCGUGACGCCCGUGAAGAAUCAAGGCACGUGCGGCUCUUGUUAUAGUUUCGCUUCAGUCGCCUAUCUCGAAAGCCAGUACAUCAUACGGAACGGCAAAGGAAAUACGACUCGUUUCUCAGAGCAACAGAUCGUGGACUGUUCCUGGGAUUCGCUAAACAUUGGCUGCAAGGGAGGCUUCCCUCAUGGAGCCUUUGAAUACGUUCAGAAAUACGGACUGUUCACAGAAGACCAAUAUGGACCCUAUCUCGAUGAUGAAGGCAAAUGCAGAGAUGCCGAGAUGAAAGGAGAGCCAAUUAUUCCGACAUUGAAGAGCUUCACAAUGAUGGAGGGGGCCGAAUGUCUACUUAGGCACGUCGGGUUACACGGACCGAUUGCGGUGGGUAUCCAUGGCUCAUCGGAUUCCUUCAGAGCUUACUCUCGAGGAAUUUAUAAUGAUCCGACGUGCGAUCAUUCAUUAACUCACGCCGUUCUUGUCGUCGGCUACGGAAGUCUAAGAGGCGAGCCCUACUGGUUAGUGAAAAAUUCUUGGGGACCCAAGUGGGGAGCUGAGGGCUACAUCUUGGUCUCUCGAAAGGAAAACUAUUGUGGCAUAGAGAACUAUCUAGCUUUCGCAGAGCUGUAG